CUGACAGGAAACAUCCUAAAUCUGUGGGAAACAUAGAAAAAGUUGAAUCUACGAGUACGUAAAUAAAUAGGUACCUACUCUACUUACCCAGGUAAGGUACUAAUUGUGGGCAUCAAGAAUACCCAUCAAGUAGGAGCUAAUAAAAAAUUCACUGCGUCGCUGCGAUUGUAAAUUCCGACAUGUGCUCGAUUUUUGAAAACAGAAAUCUUACUCUAAAAACUAUUAGGUACCUACAUAACAUAAGGUUACAUGGGUAAUUAGUGGAAUUUACAAGAGCAUCGUUGCAUGGUUUUAUUUGAUGGUGAUGGGCAACUAAGCACCUAUCCAUCAUAUCAGUAAUUAAAUUAAUACAAUUUCUCAAUCUCUAUUUCAAAUGUGCCCUUUCAGAGAAUAUAAAUUUACCGAAGUAGCCAAACUCACUUCUCACACCUCCAAAAAAUAAUUUAAUUCCAGACAUUUUACGGACCAACAAAGAAAGAACCGGUAUGGGUAUAUUUAGAGAGAGAAAUGCAAGCGAAUAUAGACAAAAAACCUUACAAUAAGAAAGUGGGCGACUGGCUCAAGUUCAUGCGAGAUUUAAGGCGCUAUUUUUAUCUUGAAAGUGAGCAAAAAGCAAGAGAGAAUACUGAAAAAGGAAAUUGGCCCAAUUUGGUACGUGGAAAUGUCAGGAUUUCAAAAAGAAGUUCUUCGGCAUUUAAUAAAGGAUAUCCAUUACGACUUGAUUGAGAAUCUGCCAACACGGACUCGAAAAUCCCUAUCGGAUUUAGGCAUUAGCAGGAGUAUACCCAAAUCUAUUUUGUUGAAAGCUAUGAAUGAAGCUGGAGGGGACGCGGCUGUAUUUAUUUGGAAGUUAUACACGGCUAUCUAUAAUAAAACGCCCAGUGAACCACGCGGAGAAUACGAUAUGGACGCAAUGAUUCUAAUGUCAGCGCUGACCUUUAUUGAUUUAGAUGAAUGUAUAGAAAACUUAAAAGACUUAACGAAGCCAGUGAAGGAAACACCCGAGCCAGUGACGAAGAAAGCAGUGAAAAAGGACAGCAAGCAUACAGACAACCGGUACGGAAUGUACUUGGAGCGAAGUACUAUACCUGUGUAUUGCAGACACCCGUCUCCGCAACGAGGGCAGAGAGUCAAGAAGCCGCCUCCCCGUAUGGAGAAAAAGAUCACGAUUAGGAGUGACGAUAGUUAUGAACGAUUAAGAAUGGAUAAUACUUUUCUUGAGAGAAGACAGCAAAGAUGCGUAAAGGCGAAACAAGCGGAAAGAAUUUGCACUUACAAAUUUUGGGAGCCUCCCGUUUAUCUCCGCACCACUAAUCCGGGUAUGACGGAAUAUUAUGAGAAGUUAAAGCUACUGCAAAAGGCGGCUCAAGUUCAACAUAUGACUCCAUUAAAUAAUGUACAGUUUAACGUAGGAACUGUCGCUCUAAUAGGGGGAAAGCCACGUUACCUGUUAAACAAUAUUGCUUUAUUGCCAACUGGAUAUAUAGCUAUCAAUGGUGGAACAACUACAUUCUCCACUGGAGAAUAUUUAACAGUUAUAAUUGGACAUUGGAGAUACCCAGUGGAGAAAGAAGAAAAAUGCGACGUUACUUGUGACUGCAUAAAAUGGGAAUCGGCAGUGAUAAAACAUUUAGAAGAAUCCAAAUGCAAGUGUGGUCACCUUUACGACUUCUACCUUGAAGGGAAAUCUAAGGAAAAAUACUUCUACCAGCCGACGAAACAAUGGCCGCUGUGGUUCGACGAAGCUAAAAUAUUCCAAAUGGAUCCAAUGGAGGAUUUCAUAAAGGAUACUGUUAGAAUAGCAGAAAGGUCUCAAGAGCCUACGCCGAUUCCGUCCCAUCCUGAAUUAUCGGCAGGUGGGGUAAAAACGAAGGCUUUACUACAGUCGUUCCUUGCUGAUUUAUCUGGAACUCCGCUCGUGAUACCGCACCUGCCGCAAGCGGAGCUCCUCAACAACCUGCAAGAACUUGUCAGGAAACGCUUCAACGGCGAUCUCUCACCUGAGGCUCACAAACUUUCAGUAGUCCGGUCGUUGCGGCGGUGGUUAUGGCUGAAGCACAUGGACUUCCGCGAGCGCGCGUAUAUGAUACCCUUUACGAAGCAUGAGCUUGAGAACAUUACUUGGGCGGACAGGCAAAAUCUCCAGUACCUAUUUGAGACCCUGUUGCGCGAUUUCACAGCGAGGAAUAGAUUGCGCCAACUGGAGCAGACACGCCUUUGGUGGUCCACGAUGAAGUUCGAUAGAUAUCCUAGCCAAGCUUUCUUGGAUCUCUACUUCACAUAUAUGCCAGGCAGAUCAAAGGAUACUUAUAUUUUCAACCCAUUUAAUGCUGAGCUCACUCCGAAUGAUAUCUACAAAACUUGCCCGCUUUCGUAGUUGGUCAUUUAUUUUGGGUCAAUUUUUACAGUUGUUGUUGUGUUGUGUAUUGUGGGAAUAAUGUGAUAAUGUCACGUUAGGGGCCUUACCUACAUUGUAAUUUUGUAUAGUUUGAUUUUCGUAGAAUUAAAUAUUACAAGCGUUUAAGAAUAAAUUGUAUUUACAAACUGUAAAAUGAACUUGUACAUUCUCAAAUUCAAGGUUCUUCAUUUGUAAUGUCUACUUUUCAAACUACUAAUUGAUUAUUUUUCGGUAUGUAACUUUUUAUGUUCUAUAUGAUGUGUUUUGAUUACGUACGUUCGGUAUUGUAAGCGCAAGGCAAGCGCUAUAAAUAAUUACCUACUACAUAAUGCUGUAAAUGUUAAAAAAAUUAGUGGACCAACAUUGUUUUAACUGGUCUGUGUUAAUUUAAGUUAAAAAUGUAAUGUGUAAUGAAAAAAUGGUAAUAUAUUUUUCACGAUAAAA